CCAUUGGGCUGCACGCGUCACGUGGGUGCGCCUCCGAGGUGCUCAUGGGCUAUUUUGAAAUUUCUGCUGACGGCAACGGAGAAAAGAUGGCUGUGCGCUAGCGUAGAAGUAGCCAGCUGAGCCCGAAGGUGUGAUUUCUGGCCAUAAACGGCGUCUAAAUUUGCUCCGGUUUGCUUUGCAUGUUAAGCUUGCCUCGUAAGAGUACGACUUCUGCGGGACACAGGUAGCCACAGAGUUCGACUUUAACGGGCAGCAAUUCUAAAGCGAUGAGACUCGACCCACUGGUUCAGAUUGCUGCCAUAAAGCGCUAAAAGCGCGUAACAAGCUUCACGGAACAGCGCAUCGACUACAGGGCUACAAAAUGGACGAAAUUAACGCAGACUGGGUACUUCAUCGCGUAGAAAUCGUCAAAGAUCUGUUGUAUUUUGCCACCAUCCGAACCGGUGUCAAGCCUCGUUCUACAUCCCACUGGCAUCACUUUUCCAUAGACGAUGAGUUGGUCUACGAAAGCUUCUACGCAGACUUCGGACCGCUCAACCUGGCGAUGCUCUACCGUUACUGCGUCAAGCUCAAUAAGAAGCUCAAUUCAUACGCUUUGGCGAACAAGAAGAUUGUGCACUACACUAGCAGUGACAACAAGAAACGCGUCAACGCUGCUUUCCUCAUGGGGGCCUACUGUAUUGUCCACUUGAAGCGGUCGUCAGAUGAAGCAUACCAAGCUCUGAUUGCAGGAUCUUACAUGUCUUAUGUUCCAUUUAGAGAUGCAUCAUUUGGGCCAUGCACCUACAAUCUCACCCUGCUAGAUUGCUUACGAGGCAUUGAAAAGGCCUUGAUGCAUAAAUUCUUGGAGUUUGAGAACUUUGACUUGGAAGAAUAUGAGUACUAUGAGAGAGUAGAGAACGGGGACUUAAAUUGGAUCGUGCCCGGGAAGUUCAUCGCAUUCUGCGGUCCUCAUCCCAAGAGCAAAAUUGAAAAUGGACAUCCAUUCCACUCACCCGAGACCUACUUCCCGUACUUUAAGCAACACAACGUGAGCACCGUAGUGAGGCUCAACAAGAAGAUUUACGAUGCACGGCGGUUCGCGGAUCAGGGCUUCGACCACAAAGACCUGUUCUUUGUGGAUGGCUCUACUCCGAGCGACGCCAUAAUGCGCGAGUUCAUCGAAAUCAGCGAAAACACUCCCGGUGCCCUCGCAGUGCACUGCAAGGCCGGCUUGGGUCGCACUGGGACACUCAUUGCCUGCUACAUUAUGAAGCACUACCGGUUCACGGCAGCGGAAGCCAUUGCCUGGAUCCGCGUCUGUCGGCCCGGCUCUAUCAUCGGUCACCAGCAGCACUGGCUCGAAGAGAAGCAAGAUUUCUUGUGGCUGCAAGGCGACAUCUACCGCUCACAGCACAACAGUAACAACAUCAACGCGAACAACAACACGUCUGCCAACGGAAGCAGCAGCCCGACAAACACGGCAGAAAGGCGUUCACUCUCUCCCCACAACAACAGGGUGUCGACGUCGCCCACGGCCACCACGGGGGGGCACCGACGGUCACCGCGCCGAGCUGUGCAAGAGGCCAAUGCCACGGCGGAUGGCAACAACAAUGUGACGAGCGGAGGCUCGGAGGAGGACCUGACCCAGGGAGACAAGCUGAACCGCAUCAAGGCACAAAGGAGGCACCCACGUUCUCUUACUACGGGUCCCAUGAACAUCGACGAGUUGAAGCCCCAUCGGAGAGCAUCGUCUCAACCCCUGAAGCCACCGGGUGCCAACACCCCAGGUACGAUAGCCAACCAGGCGGCUGGGGUGUACACGUCCCCAGUGAAGCCCCUGAGAGCCACUCCGGCCCGAGUGGGCAGCAUUGGGGCGCAGGGCGGGACUCGGAAGCUCCGUUCCGCUGCGGCGUCGCAGCAGCGCAGCGUGAGCAGCAACGGCGGAGGGAAGGCGUCGAGCAAGAGCCCCACAAUGCCGAGGUGACGGGCGUUGCGCCGAUCGAGUGGCGAGCCGGUGUGCGGCUCGGCUCGCCGGCGCAGAACCAGACUGUCCACCUUGCACCCGCCAUGACCUGCUUCCAUGACCAUCCCCCUCCGCAUCUUCCCCAAGAGGUCUUGGAGGAAGCAACAUCGGAACAGCUCACACCCACCUUUCAUCCUCUUUGUACCUUUUGUCACAUUUUUCGUCCACGUCGGGUGCGUGGUUAAGAACCUCCUAGGAUAACGUCCAGCCAUAAAAUCCACUGUCCGUAGCAGGUCCCCCAAGGUAGCCAUUUUCCCACGUAUUUGUCCCUAUCCCGAUGCGUGCAAUGCCGGAGGCCGCCCUUAGAUACCCCUUUGUUACCAGACGUUGGCUUGCGUUGGAUUGUGGCACGCUAAAGAUCCAGUUGAAGCACAAUCCAAAGCCAGGCCAAGUCACCGAAGGAGAAAUGGACGACUGCGCCUGGUACGACAGGUACGCUAUGUGAUGCACGCAGCCGUGCACUAGAUCCUUCCGAUCGCUCAACACGUUUAAAAACGGGACCAAAAAGUGAAACACGACACAGAAAGUUGUUAUACGCAUUUUAUUUGGACAUAUAAAGACUAGAUUCAUUCGCAAAAACAACAAAAACAUUUUGCCGCUAAACUUAGCGCGCUGAAGUGAUCCGGAACGGCAACAGUGGGGUAUCUAGUGGCGGCCUUCUUCGUUGCACGCUUUUCCGAGGUGAGUUUGGGGGACCUGGUCCGUAGUGCCUGGGUAGACAUUCUCGUCGUAAGGUGGCAUUCCAGUACGUGUCUGCACAAUUCGCGCUUGACUUAUUAGGCUCUACUUAUUAGACAUUGCUGAUUACUGUUCUAAAAAAAUAUUUUAAUAACUUGAGGUCUUGUGCCAUGAGGCAGACCAUUGUUCAUGAUAGUACCGUACGUACCUGUUAGCAAAUGCUUUGGGCAAAUUCCUCCGCUCCCCAGGAGACCACACUGAUCCCUUUGAAGUGCUUCGGAGAACAGACCUUUCGACGAGAAUGUAGUAAUAGUACAUUUUAUUAGAGUGCCGUUUUUUUUACCUCCCAAGAAACUAAACCGUAGACGAGUUCGUCGUAACCAAUCAUAUCCCAGGAAUGUCAGCGUGCCUGUCUGUAAGGGUCGGUGAAGUGCCUAGAAAAAGGCGUUGUGUCACGCACUCGGGUAUAGAAGCACCACAUUUUUUCAACUCUCCUCUUCGUGCACGUUUCUCAUCUCUUGUAGCGACGUCGGUUGCGGAGGCGACCGCGUAACAACGCCCUCCCUUGGCGAGUACAAAUUGUGGCGCCGCGCCACUUGUUUUUUCGUCCCUUGUGCUGUAAUAGUGCCAAUUGAGUUGAUGUCGUCGCGAGUUAUGUAACUGUAGGGGGGGUGGGGGUGGGGGGUGCAUUGCAUUGGUUUAGUAUGGUGUUCAGGGUAUGCGAAAAAGAAAUAUUACUUACGUGAUGCAUGCGAGAGUUUUCGUCAAAAAAAUGCUUUAUGGGAAAUGCUUAUUUUAUUAAUCUUUACUUUAACGAGAUAUAUAUAUAUCACUUCUGAUGUGUCUUCUCGUCAGGCUGACAGUUGUCACAAAGCUGGUCACUGGGUUCAUCGUGUAAUUUGUGUUUAGUGGCUAAGCAGUUCUGGUUUGCACUUCAUGUAUAUCCAUCGGUCUGACUCGCUCAGUGGUGCAAUUAUGUACAGUUGACCCUUGACUGUCGUUAAUUUGAUUAUUCGCAGUUUUUUCCGGUUUUCGGGUUUACGAUGGCCCGCAGUUGUAGUUUGGGGGCCCCUAGCCAACGAGAUUGGUAAUUAUGUCUGGUAAUCGUGAUGCUUAGUGCUUUCAAGAGGUGAAGGACAGGGAAAACCUCGCAGGAAGAGGUUGAAUUACUAUUAGAUAUGCCGCAUAGCGAAAAGCCAGUUUCCGCAGCUGCUCGCCAUUGUGGCAUUAACAAAUAGACAAUGCAGCCUCGUAUUUUUCGCUAAUUUUGACUUUGAUGGGGGCCCCUGACCAUUGUGCAAGUCAAGGGCCAACUGUUCUCGAAAGUAUAUAUUGUUGUAACAGGUCUACCAUGACGACCCAAGCAAAGAAUAUUGUGAUGAGAGUUUUCUUAUUGCAUUUUACUACUGCAGUUCUCGACUUUUUUUUUAGACAGGUGUGUAAGAGGACGCAGAGAGUCUUUGUUUUAAGCAUGAUGAAUGAAUGCAAGGAAACACAGAUGGUUCUGGAUGGGAACAAUUCCCAGUUUCCUUUGUUUAUCACGAUUCGUGAUAAGCAAGCAGUUUGCAACAUGUAGAAAGGAGACUUCAAGUCGAAUCCAUGUGCUGAAGCAUGAUAAAUUCAACUGCAAGUAAGACUGGUGCCAUAUAUGGUAACAACAUUGAAGCAGAAGCUUUCGCUGUGAAGGUUUGGACGGUCCCUGCGGCUUGUAUGUGCAGGAGGAGGUUUGGGGGGGGUGAAAGAGCGUAGCUUUUUGUUCAUAGCUCGGCUUAAACAUGGUGGUUUCGUCUAGUGCUCUAGGCUACCUGUGGCCGUUGCGACCAACAGAUUAUUCCAACAAACUGCAGUGUAGCUGCAGGAACUGUUGUAUUUUUUUGUUUUCAAUUUUUGAACGCAUCUCUAAUCAAACCACUCGUCGACGCAUGGUCAGUUGGUCGCACCCGCCUGCGUAUGGGACCUGUGUCUUUACUGGUGUUAUGGUAGCACAGCUGCAUGUCUUGUUCAUGACAUGUUCUUUGUCGAUGAUGUUAUUUGUCGUCAAAUUUUAGUUAUGUGUUUGCGCAUUUAAUGUCAUACUUAAAUUAAUUUUAGGUGUAUUUUUAGAUUGUGGCACGGCUGCAUCGACAGGCAGGUAGCCGCGAAAUAUCGACUGGCGACGUUUGAAAACAAUGCAAAGGGGAGUUAUCGUGUAAUAUUUUUGGUGCCUGUCGUUGAGGUGCAGGUCGUGUUUUUACCAGCUCUUUUUAUUGUAUAUAAAUACAUACGUAUAUGAAUAUAUAUGCAUUUGCGCCCCUUACGAAAAUGUGUGUACAUGUAUUGUAUGCAGAAGUAACAGAGUAUAAUAAAGGAAUAAAGUAAAUAUUUAUA